CUUUACCAUUGCUGAUGCGACACGUGUCCAUGAACCAGUGCCUCGCCUUUGGGCCAACGUGGACCUCACAAAAUAAAACAAAAGCCCAAAUGUCAAAAUGCGAUUAGGCCCACAAAGAGGGGCAGACGACACCGUUUAGAUCUUCUCUCUUUGGAGAAGAAACUUCUGAAGCGGAGAAGAAAAGAAAUAUGGAGCAUUUCGGGGGAGGAGGGAACUGGGCAAUGAUCCCCAACAUCCAGUCCCACAGUAAUCCCGCUACUCCUUCCAAUCAGGACCAUCUAUUCCUCCAGCAACAGCAAUUCAAUCAACAACAACAGUUUCAGCAGCAAUUCAACCACCACCAGCAGCCGCCGCUGCGUUUCCAACAGCAACCGCAACAACAAACGACGCCGCCACCGCCGCCGCAGCAGCCACAACAGUCUCUCGCCUCUCAUUUUCACCUGCUCCAUCUGGUGGAGAAUCUAGCUGAUGUAACUGAAAACGGGACGAGGGAUCAGCAAACUGAUGCACUGGUUGCUGAGUUGAACACUCAGUUUGAGAAAUGCCAGCAGCUUCUGAACUCCAUUGCCGGUACAAUCAAAACCAAAUCAACUACAGUUGAAGAACAAAAGCGCAAACUAGAGGAAACUGAGAACCUUCUGUGCAAACGAAGGGAACUCAUUUCAGAGUACAGGAAUUCGGUUGAGGAGAUCAUCAAUUCUCAGAUAUGAGUUCUUCUGUGUGGGAAGGAUCUCUUGUUGUCAUGCAUUUCUUGACUGGAGAUUUGAUGGGUUUUCACUUUUUUUGAGUUUCAUAUAUUGAGUGCCUAAGAAAAUUGUUGAUGGCGCUUGUGUAUAUGUUUAACCUGUAAAAUUUGAGGUAUUUCUUGGUUCUUUUCUUGAAGGGGAUAAAUUGUGGGUCCAUAACUAUGUCUGAUUCGUCUGAAUAACUAAAUCUUGUAUAUAUUGAUGUGGAAUUCUAAUGUGGUCAAAA